CUUAAGUAAGAGUAAAGUGUGCAUCCCAAAGGAAACGCACUCUAAUCUUACGAACUAAGAGGGACACUUCAUAAUUUCCCACAAUAGUGAUAUGGAUGAAUAAACCCUUAGGUUUUACGCCCAUCUCCUAUUGUGGAAUUGUGAGGAUACCCGAACCAACACCACCCUAAGCCAAGGUGUCGAGGUACCCGUGCCAAGGGCUGAAUGGUCAGCGGGGGGUAAUAAAUAGCUGAUCGCGAACGGUCCCCUCCGAUGCCCGGGCGAGGUCGGAGGUAUAAAUCGCCUUCUCUCCGUAUACCGGCUCUGCGGACGAGUGACCAACCCUUUCCGGAUUACUCGUGGGACCAAAAAUGAACGAAACAAAUAACUUAACAACAACAACAACAACUACAACAACAACCAUGACGACGACAACAGCGACGACUACGGACAUGAAAUAUAGGAAUCCUAUAACGGAAUCCGACGAAGACGAAUUGCUUGCCUCCAGCCAGGAGACAAGUAAGAGUACUACCGGACGUACCAACCAAAGUACACCGGUAGAUACAGCAGACAAACCAUCAAAUUUAAGGGAGGAGGCGUCCACCUCCAAGGCUGCCAUGAGCACCAAACAAAGUGCACUGGCGGCUAAAAGAGACGUAAAGAAACGAAAAAAAUCCCAGAAUCAGCUGAGGAAAAACCGGUACCAGAGGGCGGUCUUCAUACUAGGGAAGAUAGCCAAAGACCAGGCAGCCGGUACCCCAGUUGAUGAGGCUGAAACAAAGCGCCUCAAAUCUAUUGUAGAGGAUUAUGAGAGCUACCUGAAAAGGAAGCAAUCACAACCUCAAGUAGAGAGCAAACGAGAGAGCACUUCUCAGAAGAGAAAUCGCUCCACCACAGAAGUACCCGGAGCUCAACCUAAAAAACCGAGGAGGAGUGAGGGUGAACACAGCAGCACAACAACGGCAAGGCAUUUCUGCGAUGUAGCCAGAGAUAGCCUGCAGGUGGCCAUAAUAGAUGGGAAAUCCUCCUCCCCGAGCACUAUUCAGGAGAGAUGGGUGGAGAUCGAUGUCAGAUUGUCGAGUAUGGUGCUAAGCUAUGUACUCGACAAUCCUGCGGGUCCCCACCCGGAGUUUGACUCCUCUGAGACCCUCAGGGGCUACAGGGUCAUCAAGUGCGCGGACCAGGCCUCGCUGGACUUCCUGACGGGUAGUGUUGCUAAAAUUAGCAACGCCUUUGUAGGCCUCCAAUUGAGGCUUAUACCCGCCAGGGAUAUUCCAAAGAGACCUCGGGCUCGCAUUUGGUUACCCCCACUAGAGGAGCCAGGCGAAAAACUCCUGAGGUGCAUUAAGCUGCAGAACAAAUCUAUACCUGGUAUAGAUGAGUGGCAGCUUAUAAAGGAGGAAAACCCGAACAAAGCAAGCAAGCCAAUACUAGUGGCCAUUUGCGACGAGUCCAUUGAGGCUCUGAAGAAGACUGACAACAAAAUCAGCUUCGGAAUACGUAAGGCAAGAAUAAAAAUCUUCCAAGGCGACAAAGCGGCUGACGAAGACGACACGGAAGAGGUCGACGACGCCAGCCAGUUGCUAAGGAAUGUGGGCAUUGAAGAACCCCGAGAUGCCCAAUAACAACAGCAUAAGAUGUGUACAGAUUAACCUGCAGCACUCGAAGAGUGCUACGGCGAAUCUGACAACCCUCGUGAACGAAGGGGGCAUCGACAUCAGCCUAAUACAGGAGCCCUGGGUCAAUGAAGAUUCCAUAAAAGGGCUAAACAGCAGCAAUUAUAACCUGUUUUACACGAGGAACAGAGCACAGCAGAUAUCACAGUGGUGAAGGUGGAACAGAAAGAAAAGCCCUUCUUCUUGGUCUCGGCCUACUUGGCCCAUGACGAAGAUAUACCACCGGCCCCGCUCACCAGGCUAGUAGAGGAGAACAAGAAGGAUGAUGUCCUAAUAGGGUGUGAUGCAAAUGCAAGGCACACCGUAUGGGGUAGCUCCAGUAUAAACACCAGAGGUGAGCCACUCUUGCACUAUAUUUUGAAUAGUAAUCUAAGUAUUUGCAACAAGGGCGAUAAGCCAACUUUUAUUUUCCCAAGCUCGGAAAGGUUCCCGGGGUGGGAGGAAGUUCUUGACCUCACGCUAUCAACAGACACAGACAGUCUCGUUGUGGAUAACUGGAGGGUAUCCGAUGAGCCUUCCAUGUCGGAUCACUCCUGGAUACUCUUCAGCAUCCGCGAGAGGUGCAGUCCGCCUCUCACAUACCGGAACCCUAGAAGAACGGCAUGGGGAAAAUUUACCAGUAUAGCAACAAAAUGCCUCGAAAAGGGAGGCAACAAGAGUAUCAGUAAUCCAGAGGAACUAGAUUCAGAAGUGGAGAAGUUGGAAAAAAUCCUAAUCACCACUUUUAAUAAAUCUACUCCGCUA